UCUCUCUCUCUCUCUCUCUCGCUCUUUCUCUCUCUCUCUAUCUGUAGAUCACUGGCUGUCAUAACUGUGAGUUUAAUGUACUCUCUCUGUAUUUGACCAGUGACUUUCAAGAGAAGACAUCCCACAGCUCUCCAGAGACCAGAUCUGUAACAAUGGAGAAAGAUCAAAAUCCCCCUCCAUAUCCUUGUUCUCCGGUGAAACCAAGUAACCAAGCACCCUACCCAGUACAACAAGUUGCAUACCAACCUCAACCAGGCCCAGUACCUGCAGUUUAUCCUCCUCAGCCCCCACAGAGCAUUCCAGUGACUUCAGCCGCUGCAACUCAAUCAGUUCCGCCCGCUUCGGCACCUGCCACAGGCGUGCAGGUAGUGAUGGUGUCACAGACACCGCGUCUAGCUGACUUCCCGGGACAGAUGAAAUGUCCUCACUGCCAGCAGCAGAUUGUCACAGAGACCACGUAUGUCAACGGCCUGCUUACCUGGGGCAUCUGUGGAGUCCUUGGCAUUUUAAUGAUCUGGCCGUGUUGUUUGAUUCCAUUCUUUGUGGAUGCCUGCAAGGACGUAGAGCAUCGCUGCCCAAACUGCAAGAAUGUCGUCUACAUGUACAAACGCAUGUAAUUCACUCUAACUAAUCUUUGGCAAUAACAUUAGGAGAAUUUGACAGAAUUUCGUUUUAGCCUUUCUUGGACAUAUAUACAAAUCUAACGUGGACAUAUAAGAUCUUUUUGUUGUUGAUAUAUACAUAACUUUUUAUGUAAAAUGUGUAUGUUUUAAGUUUAAAGAGCUUUACUUUUCAUUGUCAUGUUGCACAACAUUUUACUCUAAAAGCCUUCGUACCUUUUUUUCAUUUUUACAACAAAACAAUUGAUGAUAUAGAUCAGUGCAUUUUUGUUUUUUUGAUAAAAUACCUUAUUAAUGAAAUGAACUUGAACGCAGUGCCACAGAUCAAAGGUGAGGAAAAAUGGACCAGCCUAUGAGGGUUUCAGUGGGUUUAAUCUUGUGCUUUGAAACUUUUAGACAUUCGUCAGCUUCACAUUACCUCAAAUGUCCUACAUAUGGGUCUCCAUCCAGCACAGUUCAGCUCACUAAUGUCCUGGACAAGUGCUUAGCAGCAAAGACCUAUUUUUAUUCAUGUUUUUCCUUGCCUAAACAUUAGAUGGCAUACUAGCUUCUAACCAGCAGCAUUACCUGUCCUCACUGCCUGGAGGAACAUCUCAGUGGUUGCUCAACCCUAGUUUUCAUUGUACUUCACUUACAAAGAAGUAUACACUGUAACAUCAUUAUACAAGACUGAAAUGUUCAGAUCAUGUCAUGAAUUGGUCCUGUAGAACAGCAGAAUAAAACACUAAAACCACACAGACAAA